CGCGGCGGCGACGACGACGGCUCCUCACGCAGCGCCCGGACAACAGCAGGAUCUAGCUCGUACUCCCAGAGCUGGUUCACGUUGUAGCCGCGCGACUUGAUUGUGUGCGCCUCGUGGCGUGUUUCCGUCCACGUCGCCAGCGGGAAGCGCGCCGCUAACACACACGCGUCGGCUGGCAACUCCCGCGCGAGCUUUUUCUCGAGAUCCGCCAUCAUCGCCGGGACGACGAAGAGCGCGACGGCGUCCGCGUCCGACACGUCCGCCUUGAAGAGGUCGCCGCGCUCGAACGUGCAGAGCUCGCCCACGUUCUCGCGCCAGGCCGAGUACCUUGAGUAGUAGACGAGCCAGGGGUUCAGUUCGACGCCCCGAGCCUCCACGCCCAAUCGUUUUGCGAGCUCCACGCAGACGACGCCGUCGCCGCUGCCCAGGUCCACGAUUCGUUUGGCCGCGCCUUCUACGCCGCGCCUCCUACAGGCCUUUUCGAGCAAUUCGAGCUGCUGCGCGUUCGCCGCGACGUACGGCAAACAAUGCUUGCGCAGCGCCGGCAGCAGGAAGGGCGCCGGGAUGGCCACCAAGGCGAGCAGCGCGGCGCCGGCGCCGGCGAGCGCCGCCAUCGGCAAGGCGGACUCAUUGGUGGUCGUGUCCUUAGCUGUGGCUGUGUCCUUGGACAUCGCGUAUCGCUUCCAAUGAUACGUCUUUGCAGCAGCGAUGCGGCGCCUGCGCACGCCGCUAAAAACCAAUCCAGCGCGCUAGCCUGCUUUUUAGCUUUCACAGAGGCGCAGCGCUUGCUCUCUGUGCAGGCCAGUGCAGCGGUCCUGCCGCACUGCGUGGGCGAAACCAGCCACUGCACAACGUCUGCGGCAGUGCUUUGACCUGCCGGCAUGAACGCCGAGGGUUGAGAGCAGCGAUGCGGGCGCUCCCGCUGCUGUGCGUAGCCGUCAGCGGCCUGCAGCCAUCGACGAGGCGGCAAUUCGUCGCCGGCGCCACUUCUACGGCAUUGGCGCCAGCCGCAGCGGUGGCGCGCGACCUCCAGUUCAAGGAUCUUGGGGACGGUCUGACGGUGGCACAGAUCACGGAGGGCCGCGGCGAUGCCGUAGUGGGGCGGGACUCGAUUGUGCUGGUGGAGCUCGUGGGGCGCCUCGUGGGCAAGCAGGGAUGGACCUUCGAGGACUCGCGCGAGGACGGGGAUCCUUACCGGCUGCAGCUCGGCCAAGGUUUGGUUGUCGAGGGUCUCGAGCGCGCGUUGGUGGGGGCGCGCGUGGGCGAGGUGCGGCGGACGGUCGUGCCCUCGAAGCUCGCGUACGUCGACCGCGUGAAGGAGCCCGUGCGUGACCCCGAGUCUGCUCGAUGGCGUGAGGUAGUGCAAUUUCUCACUCGUCGACGGCCACACAGGUGCCACGGUCGCCGGCCUUCCGGAACCGGCUCUACGGCACCGUGUUGAACGACAACCGGAAGACGCAGGAAACGGCGGGCCUCGGCGCCGACGUGGCCGGCGUUGUGGCCUUCGAUGUCAAGGUCCUAAACAUCAGGCCGCCGCGAUAGGCGUAAUGUGAGGUAUUGUUUUUUUUGGCAGAUGAUUGGGAUGUUUACUUUACACAGCGAUGGGGGG